AUGGCGCGUACUAAAACAAGCGGAAACAGACCGAAGGAUGCGAAACAGGCCUCGAAGAUGGCAAUGCCGGGAUACCUUGCAGUAACAAGAAGAAUUUUCAUAUUUCUGCUUGAUUAUCAUCUUUGAAUGGGCGAUGAUUGAGUGAUACAUCCUCACCCUGACAUGUAAGUACAUCCUUCAAAAUCUUUUGAACAUCGAACUCCUCUUCAUAUCCCUUUAAUAAUUAAAUCGUACUACGUACUGCUUCUUUCAUUUUUGACGGACAGUUACAGUUUCUUCCCUUAUAAAAUAUUAUAGUCAGUGAUGUUAUACAUUCUCUUUGUUCUCCAGUACGGCGGCAUAUGGGCCAGCUCUCCGAGUAAUACCUGUCGGGAGCAGCCUAGCAUGAGGGCCGCCCUCCACAUAUAUUAUAUUAUAUAUAAGAAUCAAUAAUUGUUGUUACUCCUCAUUCUGUGUGAAAAGCAAAAGGAUUUUUACCAGCACUAAUACUCAUACAUCUGGGGAACCACUUAUAAUGAUUAAUAAAAACGCAUCAUCUAUCAGGGUGUGGACGGCAACUUGUUGAGCGAUACGAAUCAAAUGGACAAGAUGGGUUUCGACCCUAUGGAGAAAAUGAUGUCGCCAGCUGGUGGUUUCCAAUAUACAAACCAAUAUUUACGGUUUGUUCCCAUUAUAAUCCAUCUCUUAUAAGUAGAGGUAGACAUUCUUCAACAAGCCUAGACAUCCCUCACCAAGUAGAGACAUCCCAUCUAGUCCCUUCACAACUAUAGACAUCCCGCAACGGUAUGCAUCCCAAUAGAUACAAUAACUACAACCGACAUGAUGGCACUAGUACUAGAUGACUCUUACAAUGGGAAUGGUAAAAUAGGAGGGCAUAUUCUUGCGGGAUCUCGCCUAGAGGGAUGCAUUGCGUGAAGCUCUAAAAUAUACGAGUGUAGCCACAGUGGCUCCAGGACGAGCGUCUUCUAGUUCAGCACCGGCCUUUCGACCGCGACCGAAUCAUCAACCAGUAGCAGUCAAGAAAGGCGCAAAAGCAAAGCCAGGUAUCAAUGUACUUAAUCAUCACGAGGGCUUGGAUUAUUUUGUAAGUUAUAAUCUUUUUCAGGGUUAGCGCCGUGACCGCUUCACGAACUGUUUCAUCUCACUGGUAGUUGAGAAGAACUACCUGAGAUGCACACAUGAUUUUACUAGUGUACUGGUUUUAUAGAUUUUCAUUUUGUUCCAUGAUUAUCGUUCUUUCACGUGCCGCGAAAGAUUACAAAAGAAAUACAUCUUUCGCCCAAUAUCGAAGGUGUCAAGGCACUGCAGGAGAUCCGAAAGUUGCAGAAUUCAACGGAUUUGCUUAUUCGCCGAGCACCUUUUCAGCGCAUCGUCAGGGUAAUUUGUUAGCAUGUUUUGCAAUUGCAUUAAGAUUGGCUUCAAGUUCAAUACGAAUAUCAUCUCCAUUAUCUUUUCGUUUCCUCAUAUGUAUCCCAUAGAAAUUAUGAUUAUGAAUGGUAUAAAUAUCCCCUAGGAAUUGAUUCGUAUCGACGUCCUCUUAUGUUCCGCACUUUUCUAUUCAGGAAAUGUGCCGAGCGAUGCAAGAGGAUGGAGAGACGCAUCCCGUUCGAUUUCAGUCGCAGGCGCUUAUCGCUCUGCAGGAAGCCUGUGAAGCAUACAUGAUUGGGUUGCUUGAGGAUACAAAGUACUAAGUACCUUAGUACUUUUCUACGGAUAACAAAAUGAUUUCUACUAGGCCCAACACUACUACUUUUUCGCGACCAAAUCGAUGUUUCAUCAUAAGGGAUAAGCAUUAGCAUAAUGAGUGACUGUCAUCUGUUUCAAGACGACAGCAUCCUACCACAUCAAUUACAUCAGUAGCUACCUGGUGUCCCUCCUGGUGUCUUGCAAAGAUUUUCCUCACCCUCCUUGAACUCCAUCAGUUUGUGCGCUCUGCACGCAAAGCGAGUCACGAUCAUGCCGAAGGAUAUGCAGCUUGCGAGGCGAUUGCGUGGCGAACGCAGCACGUAAAUUUCAGGUGGCUUCUAGAAGAUGACUUGAUAGGCGGUAUAUUCACUAUUAGGUCAAAGUGAAGGUGUCAUCUUCUGUCGUACUAACUUCUGGUACUAGAGGAGACUUUUUCAUGGAAAACCGCACAUAAACAACAUUAACGAGGACACCGUAAAUUGACCACUUAUACAUCCAAGUGGGGACGAGGAUAUUGUAGUUAUUCAAGUUUUGAGCAGCACGCCUUUGCGAAAUGGAGAUGCUUAUGGGUAUAUAUAUAUAAGGAAGCAGUCACUCAGUUAGAUCUCGUCAUCAAUUAAUUAGAAACCAACUGAGGGAGUGCCUCGUUGGUGGUUGCAAUGAUCCUAUCAAGCCGUGAACUUCGACUUUCUUAUCUAUGGGUCAGAACUUCUAUCUUAAAGAUUCGUAGGGAGGACGAAAUUUUACGUUGAGCUAACGAGAAACCAUUAAGAUGCGUGGUUCAGAAAUUAAACCAUCGAUGUCGAUCACCCAAUUCUGUAGGUAAUACCAUAGUUCUCCAUAGUCUUCUAAUUGAGCUGGAUCGAUCCCACACCAACACCAUGGUAAAAACGAAUAUAAAUAGAUACAAUGAAGAUAUUGAAAGGAGUAACAAAAAACUGUUCAUAUGAUUUUCAAUGAAAAAAUGUAUGUUCUCGAUACAGCUUCUUGAAGUUUGAGUCGGCUGAUGAACUUCGAAGAAUUUCUGUGGGAUUUGUAGCUGGCAUGCAAAAUGUACAUCAGUG